AUGUCCCGCAGACCUCCCAACUACAUCCCCGCCACUCCCUUCCUCCUCCCGCUCACCGCCGACCGCGGCCACCUCAACGAGCGCACCAUCGCCACCUGCGCCGCCAUCAUCCGCGCGCUCGAGGCCUCCAGCGCCGUCACGCCCAACAGACAGUUCCCGCCGUUCCCAGGCGAGUAUGACAACGUCAAGCGCACGCUCCGCGAAGCGAGAUUCUACCUUAUGGACCUAAUAACGUGGUGGAGCGCGGAGGAGUAUCCGUUCUUCACAGAGAAUGGCGCGGUGUCGGGGAGUGAGCUGACGGUGCGGGAUAUGGAGGAGUAUUUUGAGAGCUGGUAUGUCGGGUGUAGGUUGGGCGCGAUUCCAACGCAUUUGGAGCCGGUAUUUGUGUAG